AAAAAAAGCAUACAAAGUUAAAAAUACGCACACUAUUUGUACAGGUACAAACAACAUGGUAAAUAAGAUUUUCUGUACCGAUGUAUUAUGUUGUUCACCUAUGGAAAGAGUCGAAGAAAGGAGAUAACAAUAUAUUCAAUAUGUUGUGCAAUCGUUUUCUGGGUAUCGUUUGGUCCCGUUAAAAAAACUUUACAUUGGACGAUCACGACGGACAACUCUCUGAGAGAAAAAUUUAACGAAGGUGUGCUUUGUGCAGAGUUUGUUGGUGGUGUUGGCAACCAUAUAUUCCAAUUUGCAUCGACGUUCGGAAUAGCAAAAUCCAAAAAUAUUACUGUUAUAAUGAAAAGUGGUUCUUUUCUCAGUAAAAUAUUUAAAAUCAAUGUAACAUUUAGCAAAAAUGAAAAAUUCUGCAAACAACAGAAAUCACGUAACGAAAAAUAUCCUGCUACUUAUGAUCCUAGUUUAAGACAGUUCAACUCGUCUGAUAGUUUCCGAUUAAGAACGUAUCUUCAGUCAUGGAAGUAUUUUCAUGGAUACGAGAACGCUCUUAGAAACCAUCUGACUUUUCGUGAUCACAUAAUCAAAACAGCGAAUAACAUAAUAAAACAAAUCUUGACAAAGUACUCUAUAGCUAGAGCCAACGUGACUUUAGUUGGCGUUCAUAUUAGGCGAGGUGAUAUGGUAAAUAAUAGACAAGGUUUUGCUGUAGCUACGCCCGAAUAUUUAUCGAAAGCAGUUAAUUAUUAUUUAAACAAGUACAAAAAUGUUAUAUUCAUUGUAGCCUCGAACGGGUUAGAAUGGGCAAAACAAAACAUGCCUGGAAAUAUACAUGUAUAUUAUGUUAACGAAAAAAGAACCAUUGACAAGGCCACAGUGUCUUCCUGUGAUCACACUAUUAUGACGGUUGGUACAUUUGGUUGGUGGUGUGCCUGGUUGACAGGAGGAGAAGUGGUAUACUUCAGUAGGCCGACAGUAAAGGGUACUUGGUGGGACAAGAGAAUUAACCUGCGUGAUCACUUCUAUUCCCAUUGGAUUGGAAUACCUUGAUUAACGUAUGGGAAUAUUUUUGAGUCCGAAACAGUUUUAAUGAAGCGUUUUCAGUAAAAAUAGAAAACUGCAUAUGGACGUGUCGGCAUUUUUAAAACGGAUUUUUCUUUUAUCCUUUAUGUGACAUUAGUGUGCAUUAUAAAUAGAGGGUGAAUGUAUGUAGUGUUAUCAAAUACUUCCCUAAAACAAGUAAAUAAAGUAUAAAACUGAUUAAAGUACGCAUAGAAAUUGACCUCUGGGAUGCGCUUGACUUUGUGCUCAGCUUAAUGUUUUGUGGAUUGUAAAGGUUGUUUUUAAAAAGUCAUAUGAAACGAGUGAAUGGUGAAAAAAAUGAUGAGCCAAUUCUUGAACCAAUGCAUGCAUAUAUCAUUAACUAAGGUUUUUUUUUGUUAAAAAUAAACGUAAGCACUUCACAAAAAUAUAAAAACAAGUGAUAAAUCAGCAUUUACAAUUUUAUAACUUAGGG